AUGUUAUUGAUAAAAGUACUUUCUAAAUUACGAAUUAAAUAUUUGCUACAAGCCAUAAGCAGUCGAUAUUUGCAAACUAAAACAUCAAAUAUUAGUGAUGUUGCUGAAAAUCCUUUGUAUCCUCCAAUUGUUGAUAUUUCAUUUGUUGCAAAGUGGAGAAGAAAGCAUGAUCUUUGGCAUGAACAAGUAAAACAAGUUCCCACUGUAGAAGAAAAAUGUUUGAAACUUAAUAUGCCUCGUUAUUGGGGAUUUAAAUGUCUUAUGAUUAACGAAGGUAGUGUUUAUUAUAAUGAGUUACCUCAAGCGCAAUAUAUUACUCGAACGUAUAUUUCUCAAGAGUCAUCCUUGCCUGUUUAUUAUGAUAAUUUAAUAUCGACUGAAAAAUUGAAUAAUUUAAUAGAAAACCUGAAAGAAUUAAUCGAACAAGGAGUCGCUUUUGAAUUAGCCGGCCGCAACCGGACCUUGGAACAAAAAAGUAAAACAUAUGAAGAUUCACGUAAAGUUGAUGACCUCAUUGGAACCGUUGUGUCCAAGCAAGUUAACCGAUUAAUGUCAUCAGUAUUAGCUCAAGAUUAUCCACAUUUACUAGAUGUUCAAAUGGAUUAUGACCCUAGAAUAGAAGCAGCUUGGUUUUUUGGUGGCAUUAAUACAACUAAUGAAGUGAAGAUAUCAUUAAAAAAAAAUCAUUGUAAAGAAGCGCUAAAUGAGCCGAUAGAUCGAAAAUUUCAAUAUUUGGGAACACCAAUAUUACAACUCCGACACCAUUAUCCCUUAAACGAAUUAAUACCUGUAACUGAAUGUGAGAAUCCACAGUUUCAAGUUCCAGAAGUUAAAUUUGACCCCAGAACAUAUGGAAAAUCUCUUAAACGACGUCAUAUUACUUCAUUACCUGGAUUCUGGCCAGGAGAUUCAUGUGAGUUUGGUUAUAUUUCUUAUCAUAAACGUGGAUAUUUACUGGGUAGAUCGAAAGAAUUUAAUGAUGAAGUGGAUGCACUCAAAACACAUGCUAUUUUUAGUAAUUAUGGUUGGCUUUUAUCCCAAGCUAGUCAUUUAGGAUUUUCAACAUUCAAUGACAUUACUUAUCCAUUGGUUAACCAGAUGAUCAUAACUAAUGGUCAAUAUUGGUCAUUUAGUGCUUAUCAGUUGAAUACAAUUCUUUUUAAUCAAUCGCACGCUGACAAAAAUCCAAAAAGAAAUAUAUGUUGGAUUACUGAUCCUAUCAAGUUAUAUGAAAAAAUCGAAAAUAAUAAAUUAGUAGGAUUCAAUGAUGAGGUUAUAAGAAAUUUGAUUAAAUUUUAUAUAAACGUUCCUCAUGAAAGAGUUGGUAUUAAUAUGAAACCAUACUUGGGCGUGGAAGAACAAAAAGUGGCAGAUAUAAAAGAUGAUGAUAAAAGAAUUUGGUUGGAAAAAAGAUACAAACACUUAAUGUCAUCAAGGCCAAGACACAGGCGGAUGCCCGAGCUGUUUCUUUGGCAAAGAAUUUACAAGCAUAUGUUUAAGACUAGACCUAUGGAUAAAAAACGUACCCACUAUGAUUAUGGUAUUAAUCCAUUUAUACGUAGAUUGGAUAAUCAUUGUCCAGAUUAUAUACCAAAAGCUUUGAGACCUGAUGAUGAAAGAAAAGUUAAAUUUGCUAAAACUUAUUAUCCUAAGUAA